AUGGACGAACCAAUGGAAGACAGCCAACAGGAACCACCGGACAUCGCCCUCGAAACACCACCCGAAGAUGUCUUUAUCCCACCUUCCAUCAACAAGCCACAAGUCCUCGGCGGCGACAGCUACACACAUCACUCUCCGAUUCCCCCAACAAUAAAAGAAGACAUGACAACCGAAUGUGUUUUAGGUGUAGACGAAGCAGGGAGAGGCCCAGUCCUCGGUCCAAUGGUUUACGCCCUCUACUACCUGCCCCUCGCGAUGCACCGCACCCUCCUCGCCGACACCCACAAAUUCGAUGACUCCAAGGUCCUCACGCCAGCAGUUCGCUCCAAUUUGAUGGAGAAGAUUUCCACGCCUGGGACAGACCUUCAUACUCACGGCGGGUGGGCCACACGGAUCAUGUCAGCGCGGGACAUUUCCUCUGCCAUGAUGCGGCCUCACGGGGUCUAUAAUCUCAACGAACAAGCAAUGGACGCCACCAUCAACCUCAUCCAGGAAGUCCUCGAUUCGGGAGUGAACAUAAGGGAAGUCUACAUCGACACCAUUGGACGUCCGGAAACGUACCAAAAGAAACUCGAGAGAAUCUUUCCCGCGCUGUCCAUAACAGUCGCGAAGAAAGCGGAUAGUCUGUACCCCUGCGUUUCGGCCGCUUCAGUCUGCGCGAAAGUCACUCGCGACGCUGCACUUGACGUUCUCUACACAUCUUACGCCACCGAGGAUGAUUCUGGGGAAGUGGCGUGGGGAUCCGGAUAUCCUAGUGACGCACGGUGCUCGAAUUGGUUGAAGGGAAAUAUGGAUCCAGUGUUUGGAUGGGGGAACGAGUGCAGAUUCAGCUGGGGCACUGCGAAGGAGAUGUUAGAGGCGAAGGGAGCGCCUUGUAGGGUCGAUUGGCCAGAGCCGGAUGAUGGUGGUGAUAAUAUGAAGAUGACAGGGUUCAUGUUGGGGACUGGCGAUGAAAAGGUAGAUGAGUUGGCGACGUGGUUCGGGAGGAGAGUUACUGAGCAAGGCUUUUGA